AUGGAUGUACCUCUUGUACCGCACAUAUUCGAUAGAAAGGAUAUCAAAGCAUCUGUAGAUCGGUUGCUCCCUUUCCUCUUCCCGCAUAGAUCACGAGACUGUGAGGAGAUAGAAGUAGAUCUUCUCACCCAAGGCACAACAAAUUGGUUAUACAAGGUGACACGCCAAGGACCCAGGGCAACACCCGUUGACAGCCAAGUAUUCACGGAGACGGCACUUGUAAAAGUCUAUGGAGAUGGUACAGAUAUCACAAUAGAUCGAAAAAAAGAGCUUGCCUUCCACAAGGUUCUUUCAGAUCAUGAUCUGGCUCCAUUACUCCUGGUUCACUUUCCAAAUGGCCAUGGGUAUGAGUUCACCAAGGGGAAGGUAUGCUCGCUUGAGGAUAUUACACAAGAAACAGUCUGGCGCGGUGUUUCUAAAGAGCUUGCACGGUGGCACGCCAUUCUCCCUGUUGCCGACUUGGACUACGAUGGUGGAUCCCAAACUGUGCUUAACCAUGCACCUAAUGUGUGGUCCACCGCAAAGAAAUGGCUUGAAUCCAUCGCAAAGGGUACAGAGUAUGAAAACUCCCAGAAACAAUUGCUAAACAACGACUUCGACUAUCUGGUGAAUAGGUUAUUAUCCAAGCGAGGCUCUCAGCAUCAUCAGGUCUUUGGGCACGGUGAUUUGCUUUGUGGAAAUAUCAUCUUGCUUGAUUCCGCUGAAGAGGGGACGACUGAUCGGAAUGUUAAAUUCAUCGACUACGAACACUCGACUUAUUGCCCUCGCGCAUUCGAAUUAGCGAAUCACUUUGCUGAAUGGGCUGGGUUUGAUUGCGACUACAGCCUAUUACCAACAAGAUCAACUCGUCGCGAAUUUAUUCGGGAGUAUCUCCGAACAUAUGAAGAAACUGCGAACCGAUGCAAAAAGGUGGACGCUUCUUCUCAAGCUGACCAGAUACGGUCCAUAGACGAUGAACUGAGUAACCUGAUGGAUGAAGUGGAUAACUAUCGCGGGUUCCCUGGUUUCUACUGGGGCCUCUGUGCACUCAUUCAGGCUCAAGCGACCACCGGCUCUAUCGACUUUGACUAUGCAGGUUACGCAAUGAAACGAUUCGCGGAAUUCAGAGCAUGGCGCGAGGAGGAUGACGGCAGCAGACAUGAGGCUAAUCGAGAUAUUACCUUGCGGGAGAAGCGAUGGGCGUCAGAUUAG